AUGUUGUCUGCUACCUACAAAAACAAAAUCGUCAAUCGUGCUGCCAUCAAUCUAUUGGCAGCCCAAAGAUACGCCUCAACUUCUCCCUCUGGUCCAUCUGGUUCCACUUCUAAUGCUGCUGGUGUUUCUUCCUUUACAACUACUACCAAAGUUAUUAGCCCAAAUACUUCAAACAGCAAACCAAAUGUUGUUAUUUUGGGUACUGGUUGGGGUGCUAUUUCCUUUUUGAAACACAUCGAUGCUUCAAAAUACAAUGUUACUGUUGUUUCCCCAAGAAGUUUCUUUUUAUUCACUCCACUACUACCUUCCUGUCCAGUCGGUACAGUUGACGAAAAGUCCAUUAUCGAGCCUGUCGUCAGCUUUGCUUUGAAAAAAAAAAAUGGUAAUGUUUCUUACUAUGAAGCUGAAGCUACCUCUAUUAACCCAGAAAGAAACACAGUUACUAUUAAAUCUGUCAACAAUGUUUCCAAUAUUACCGGUGAGUCUAAAGAAGUCAGCACUGGUUUAAAGAAAGAUGAUACCGCUGAAUUGAAAUAUGAUUAUUUAGUUUCUGCUGUCGGUGCUGAACCAAAUACUUUUGGUAUUCCAGGGGUUAAAGAACAUGGUUUAUUCUUGAAAGAAAUCCAACAUUCGUUGGCAAUAAGAAAAAGAUUUAUUGCCAAUGUUGAAAAGGCCAACUUAUUGCCAAAGGGCGAUCCAGAAAGAAAGAGAUUAUUGACCAUCGUUGUUGUUGGGGGUGGUCCAACUGGUGUUGAAACUGCUGGUGAACUACAAGAUUACGUGGAUCAGGAUUUAAAGAGGUUUAUGCCAUCUAUUGCUGAGGAAGUCCAAAUCCAUUUGGUUGAAGCUAUGCCAGUUAUCUUGAACAUGUUUGAAAAGAAAUUGAGCUCUUAUGCCGCCAGUGUCUUGGAGAAAACCACCAUUAAAUUACAGUUAAGAACCGCUGUUGGGAAAGUUGAAGCUGAUCACUUAAUUGCCAAGACUAAGCACGCCGAUGGUUCCGUUACUGAACAAAACAUUCCAUAUGGUACUUUGAUUUGGGCUACUGGUAACAAGGCUAGACCAAUUGUUACUGAUUUAUUCAAAAAGAUUCCGGAACAAAAUGAAAGUAGAAGAGGUUUGGCUGUCAAUUCUAAUUUAUUGGUUAAAGGUUCCAAGAAUAUCUUUGCUAUUGGUGACAAUGCUGUUGCAGGUUUUGCACCAACCGCUCAGGUAGCCCAUCAGGAAGCUGAAUAUUUGGCUAAGGUUUUUGAAAAAUUGGCCGCUAAAAAUUUGCACAAGGAGUUGUCUACUUCCUCUAAGCCGGAAGUUGUUUUGGAAAAUAAUGGUGUUAACCCAUUUAAAUAUAUUCACUUGGGUGCUUUGGCUUAUUUAGGUGCCGAAAGAGCUAUUGCUAACAUCACUUAUGGUAAACGUUCUUUCUACACAGGCGGUGGUUUGUUUACCUUUUAUGUCUGGAGGGUUUUGUAUGUCAGUAUGAUCUUAAGUGCUAGAAGUAGAUUUAAGGUUAUUUCUGAUUGGAUUAAGUUAGCUUUCUUUAAGAGAGAUUGUUUCAAAGAAUUGUAG